AUGUCAGAUGUACGCGUGGUGGUUGGCACGGCGCGACUUCGCCUUGCCUUCCUGCGUGCAUAGACGACGAACGAUAUCGUUAUGUCAUGAAAUUUUCCAUAUACAACUGCGUAGAUCCCCGCCAUCUUUUGUGACCGGGUAGAGAAACGCCGAUAUUUUCGUCAUUUUUGGCCCUCUAAAACAGCCGAUCGCAAGCUGAAACUAACGGGAAGUGGAUGUGUGUGUUGUUCAGCCAAGCGUUGGUGUAGAUCGGAGCUGGAGUCAUGAGCAUCGAUACACUUUUGGAGGCUGCGAAGUUCGUAGAGCAAAUCGGACAGUCUACACGUGGACAAAAUGAUCCUGGCUUGUUCGGCCUCAGUCAGAAUGGCCAGAACGCAGCCAUCAGUGGACCGAGCUACGCUGGGGUCUCAAGCAGCCCGGGGUCGUCACCGGGCUCGCAUAAAUCGUGGAGUCCAGUAGCGUCGUCCAGCAGACAUCAACUUUCAACCUCCAACACUGACACAUUCGAUGAAGGGGAUGACAAACGAUCCGGUACAAGGGAAGUUCAUAACAAGCUGGAGAAAAACAGACGGGCCCAGUUGAAGGAAUGUUUUGACAACUUACGGGAUCAGAUCCCAAACAUGGACAACAAGAAACUGAAGCCGUCCAAUCUGAGUAUUCUCCAGGGAGCAUUGAGAUAUUUGCAGGCCCUGAAACGCAAGGAACGAGAGCUCGAAUACGAGACAGAGAGAUUAGCGAGACAGAAGAUUCUCUACCAGGAGAAGCUUGCCAAGCUCAGCGGCUGCUCCUUGCCUCCUUGGAAGAAGGCGGAGCCAGAGCCAAAGGAAGAGGAGGAAGAGGACAUGCAAGACGAUAAGGAGGAUGACAGGGAUUCAGUCUCAACGAGCACGUCUACUGCAUCAGAAGCAGAAGAAGAAGAGAGGAAAUCCAGAGCCCAAUCUCCUGAGAAGGCGAUCCCAGCUGUCCAGAUGUCCGAUCCCCAAGGCCCUCCAAUGGUCAGAUCUGCUCCCUUGAUGGAUCACGUCAUCAAGGUCACACAAUCCGUCAAGGAACAGUCGGGACCGUUUCUCAUCAGUCGACAAAUCGUCACCCGUGUGCCGGUGUCGACUGGAGCUACACCGUCCCAGCAACAGCAGCAGGUUGCAGCUCAGAUGCCUGUCGUGGUCAAAGCGCAACAGGUGCAGGGUUCCAACACCAAGAAAACCAACCAAUCACAGACAGUCAAGGGUCCGGCCACUCAGAUGCAGCCGUUGGUCGCUGGUGCCAAACCGCAGGUGGCAACAGCGAAGGAUAUCACUCCACAUCGAGAACUGGAGGUAGUGACGCAACGAGUCGCAGCGACCCAAAAAGUUGUCAUCCGGCCUCAGUCCGUGGUACAGCAAGUCAAAGCCCAGCCAACAACCACCCAAAAAUCGGGUACAACGAAACAACCUCCAGUGCCUAAACCACCCACUCCGAGCCCAACACAGCAAGCACCUGUUCCUAAGAUAACUUCUCACGUUGUCAGGCAGUUUCAUAGUCACUCCUCGGCAGUCUCAGCUGUACAAGAACACUUGAAAAACAGAGCUCAGAAUAAACUGCCUCAGCAACACAAAAAUCCAGUCAGGACAAUUUCACAUGCAACACCGACUACCGAGCCGGUCCCUGUUAAGGCUAAUGUGUCCAUGGUAACCACAGCAGCAGUUGCAACGGCGAGCUCAACGGGUGUCUCGAGACAAACCGUCAGUCAACUGCUCGGUAAACAAUCCACGGCUGUAAGGCAACCGGUUCGACGGACAGACAACAAAGCUGUCAUGCAGAGGGUUUUGUCGCACCCGUUCAGUCCACGCCCACAAACGGUCGACAUCAUGCCCAAAUCGCCAACGACUUUAACCAGCAGUGACACGGCAGUGGCACAAGUCAGCCAGUCGACUCCAAAGUCAAUCACCGUGGUUGCCUACAAAGAACCACCUCCCAGCAAUACAGCUACUUCAAUCUCGGCAGCCAGUAGCAGUGUAGCCCUCAGUGUUUCUAAACAAAGCGUACCAUCCUCGAUACAGCAUGUCACACCUCCACCAGGCAUGCCAGGACUAGACAUGAGAAACCUGAUCAUUCCCCACUACCUCCCGACCCAAGGGCUUACAACCGCGAUGCUCAGGCCAAGUUUAACAAAUCCUGGUGUACUGACUGCUGCCAAUGCGGCCCUCCUGAACCAAGCCAUGGUGGCAGGCUCUCGGAACGUCGCCCCACAGUUGCCAGUCCCUGCGAGUAAAGACAGCAGUCCCGCUAAACUCCAAUCAUCUGUCGCCGGUUCGGUGUCGUUCUUCUCGACUGCCGCAACUCAGCAAAGCAAGGCGUCCACGGUAUCGCAAACCAAAGCGCCCUCACUGUCGUACACCACCCCCGUGACCCCGGGUCACCCGUUCCUGGCCCCGGGAUUGACCUUACAACCCGCGUUACCUGCUCUCACUCAGGUUCUGUUCACGCAACCUCCCUCGCAGCCUCCCAUCGCUUACACCAUCGCUAACUCGUCCCCGGCGCACAUGCUAGUUAAAACCACCGUUUCUCCUCCAUCGGUCAUCAGGCAUCCGUUAGGCACUACAGCUGGAACAAACAUGCCGCACAUUGGCACUACAAUCGCUACAGUCGUCGGGACGAGCACCAGUAACACGCAGACGACUGUCGCCAUGACAAUACCCCCGGUUGUGACAAUUGGUGCCCUGUCUCUUAAUCCGUUGCUACAUGUGGGCACCAAUCGGGCGCUUGUCACCGCGCCAACAUAUACGACCCUCAGUCAUGUCGGUCAGUAUCCGCACUACAGGUUCCCGUUUGCCGGUCAAGUUCCCAUCAUAUCACCGGUGACAUUCACCGGUAACCCUAGCAGCGCAGCACUGCCGGUGACUUCAGUCGGUAACCCAGCCACAACCAAUGGAAAAACUUCCAACGGUGUGAUAGUGCACACCGUAGCGGUCCCGGCCGCGAUACCGGUCACCAGUUCCUGGCUCAAUGCAACCGGUAUAAGUAACGGAAUACCAGUGAAAGAGUUGGUGUUGCCAGUUCCAGCAACGACAUCAGCAUCAAAUGUUGUCAUGGUAACAACUCAACCAGCAGUGACAGUAGUCGCAAAUAGCUCACAAGAGGGCAGUGUUGUAGACAGCAAAAGUAGUUCUGGCUCCAAAGUUUUGGUAACAUCCAGUAGUUAAAACUACAUAUUUUAUGCCUGCAGAUUAUGUUAUAAACAUAUUAGUCAUGUUCAUAUGCAAUAUACAUGUACUUACCAGUAAAAGCCUACAGGUAUUCUGCCCUUAUUAAUUCACUGCAAAAAGUUACAUUGAAUUUAUAUUUUAGAAACGUACAUGUUGUACCAUGCAAGCCACGUUUUGUUUCUGUAGUUGGUAUUUCAUUUGCAACAUUUCUGUGACAAUCAUGAAGAAUAAUUUGAACCAUUUUGGUUUUCAAAAAAGUGCAUUAGUUCCUGCACACUUAAACGUAUUUCAGGAAAUUGAAGCUAACUCAAAAUGUUGUACUUCAUCUGUGGACAUACUGUUGCAGUUCAUGCCCACAUUUUUUUGUACGUUAUCAAAUGUAGAGUGCCAGAGUAGUGUUUUAAGUGUAAGUAACAUUCUCUGCGAAUAACCUAUACCCUUUGCCAGUUACAUUUGAAUAACAUCUGGUACACUGACUUGCUCAUAAUGCUUGGCACGUUUUAACUU